CUGGUAGGGAUGAGGACAUAGUGCACGAUUUUAUCCUCUUGGCUGGCAGCACAUGGUCCUGUGGUCUGAAUAUAUGUCUCCCUAGACUCAGUGGCUGGAUUCCCAAAGCCUGGCUUCACUGGUACUAAGAGAGUGGCAACCCCAUCUCGCUGUGGAGUUUGGAGGCGAGUCCCAUGGGAGGAUCCCUAGGAAGCCAGGUGCCAGGUGCUCAUGCUGCCAGAGGGGCAGUGCCAGCACCAUGGUGCAGGAGCAGCCCCACCCAGGCUCUUCCACUUGCUGCCGCCUGCACUGACUCAUCUGCCCAGCCUGCCCUGCAGCCAGCCAAGCAUCACAGGCAUCUAUAAAAGCCCGCCGUCCCAGUCCCCAGCACACUGCCUGUUGACUACCUGCUGCUGUACACGAUGCUGGGAGGCCUGGGCAAGCUGGCGGCCGAGGGCCUGGCCCACCGCACUGAGAAGGCCACUGAGGGGGCUGCUCACGCCGUGGAAGAAGUGGUGAAGGAGGUGGUGGAACAUGCCAAGGAGGCUGGAGAGAAAGCCCUUAGUGAAGCCCUGAAGAAAGCCCAAGAGUCAGGAGACAAAGUGGUGAAGGAAGUCACCGAGAAAGUGACGAACACAGUUACCGACGCUGUCACCCACGCGGCAGAAGGCCUGGGAAAACUGGGAAACCAGUGAGCAUGCCCGCACCAUGCCGCCCCUCCCUCAAUCUCAAUAAAGAACCCUGA